AUGAAUAAAGUCACGAAUAACUCAGGGGCACCGUCCAACCCUACACCGCUGCCGUCAACGUAUUUCGCUUCUCCGAUCCGGACUUUGAAAGAGUCACUGAAGGAACCUGGCACACACGAUGUAUCAACGCAUGAUCUUGUUGAAGCCUAUAACAGUCUUGCAACAAAACUGCGGGACCGAUUUGACGAAAUCAGUGUAACACCAUCUGUUUUAACCGUCAUUCAAAACGAAGCGGAGGUGUUAUCGGAUUGCCUCGUGCGGGACAUUGGAAGAGUGCUGCCGAAUCCGUUCGCGUCACAGCAUUACAACCAUUCCCUGGGCAAUAUUUCAGUUUAUACAGAACAAGAGGCCGAUGAUGAUGACGAACUUGAAUUCACGACUGACAACAACCUGCUUUGCCAAUAUGCUCUACGCUUUGUAUCUGAUAUUUUCACGUUUCCCAACAUGCAUUGUAAUUUUACCGACAAUCAACUUGUAUUGAUAUUUGACUAUGUUCUGCGCAUCUGUAAAUCACCAAGUUCCACCAUUUACAAUUUAGAGAAGCAUUCGGCAAUGGUUGUUUGGAUCCUCAAAGUCCAGCAAUUGCCGUUAUCUGUUUUACUACCUUUACAAGGCGAAAUCAUGCUCGCCUUGGAAAAUUCAAUCUCUCAUGACUUGGGAGGAUAUAUUGCUAAAUUGGAUGCUUUUAAAGCUGUUCGUUCCAUACUUAAAAAACAUCCCACUUGCAGUUCAUGGCUAGUCGGUCUUCUACCCAAGAUCUUAACACACAUCGAUUCUGACUCGCCGGAAAUUGCGAUUCAUGCCGCCCUGGCUUGCACUGGAUUUACCAACGCCAAAAUGGAAAUGGCCGAUGUCGAUAUCGACGCUUUCCCGACUGACCUAGUUAGCAAACACGUUGAAGUCUACGUGAUUGACAGAAUGUCAAGGCGGACUCCGUCAGGCAAAUCAUCCGCCCUUGUUGAUUUCUUCAGAUCAGCCGCCUACAACAAGCCUCAAUGGCGGCACCUUGGACUACCAUUUACGCUUACUGUCGUUUCGUGCUUCAUCGCACUUCUGGGACAUCGCAUUUUCCUCAGCUCUCAGUGUAUACGAUUUGCCGUCCUUGUUCUCCGGGAAUGCGCGGGAGCGCUGCCGUCUGCACAGAAGGAGGCGUGGGGUCUCCUUUUCUGGGCGUACUCACGACUACCUCGAGAAUUAGAGCGCGACGCGCAACGUAAUCGUGAGUGCACGAAGGAACGUGCCUUUCGAGUGGUCAAGCAGGAUGGCCGACAGAGCAAUCUUAUUGUUCUACUUCUCCGGGCGGGUGAGGUCGACUUUGAGGCGAGACGAUCCGACGAGGAUAUUUCGCGAGCGCUCGUUCUGCUCCUAGACCUUGUUGGCAGCGACUCUGAAGAAAAUAGGAAGGAGGGAACCGCCAUUCUCUCCAGGAUAUUGGAUUUCAUAGGUUCUCCUUCUACCAUGUUUACGCCAAGAGUCGAACUUCCUUUUCCUCGGGAGCUCAUCGACGAUUCAAUACUCUUUCAGGCUGGGUCGAAACUCAAGAUUACUCCUUAUCACGUACCUAUUGAACACAUCCCCCCGCUGACGGAAACGGAGGUUCUCUGUCAUUGGGAACGGCUUGUCGAAAUAUGGAUAUCCGUUGCUCAACACGCACUUGAUUCUGGUCAGCAGUUGCCUGAUGAGGUAACAGGGACAUGGCAGGCGUUGCUGCUUGUUCGAGGUGAAAUAGUGACAGGGGAAGACCUGCUUGUUGGGCCACCUGCCCUUUCUUCCACUCUCACUUCGAUCGUGAACCGAUUUAACCCUGCUCUGGACAGCAUUGCGACUCAAAUCGAUUAUCUGUCUUUCAUAAGAAAGCUUUGGUCGGUGAUGAAGAAUGUUUUUGCCAAAUCUUUUCUUUCCUCUGCAGGGGAAAGCAUUCUAGUGUCUCUUUUGAAGCGGUCUUUCGACCUGAUGGACAGUCGUGUGAAAAGCCCUUGGAGGCAAGUUUGUGGGGAUCUGAUAUCUAUUGGUGUUCCGACAUUUUUGCGUGGCUUUAACCUUCGGGAGAGCGAAAGCCAGGAAGAAGCCGAGGUAAUGCAUCAGCUGUGGACUGUCCUUGCGCAGAACGGUCUGUUGGAACGGGAAGUGCAGAAUUGGGAGACAUUGGUUGACUUUCUCGUCAUGCCCCUAGGGGUUUGGUACCUCUCCGAUUCUGAGCUUUUGUAUUGGCAAACCAUCUUAGCACGCGCGAUAGAAAUAGGAGGAACACAAGAAGACGUUAUGAAACGAUUCGUAUCUCUUUGCUCAGAGGAUAAAACGAACGAUCUUAAACAGUCCACGAGGCUUCUCCAUUCGUUACUAACGCAGCUGUCGAGAUCGUCGGAACCAUGCUCCCCAACGAAUCUACAAAUCCUAUCAUGGAUCGACGAAAUGCUUUGCGACUCCUAUAAUUCAUUGGAGAGCAGCGAAAGCGCGAUAGGUAUUCUCCGUCUGAUCGGCGAGGUUAUUUCGAAUACGGCAGAAUCAAAUAUAGUCCAACUUCUCGCUACUCUGAAGAAUAGCCUCUCCAUGUGGAUCGCCGAUGCUCACAGAAAACUCAAGGGUAACGAGGAUGAUGAGAUGGUUGAUGCUCUUUACCAGCGUCCACUUCACAUUCUGUCGAAUGUAGAGCCGUCUAUAGCUAUUCUGGAGUCGCUCACGGAUUUUUUCAUGUCGGUUUUCGUGAGGAUUCGUGGGCAGGGACCGCUUGCUUUUUACAACUUUUGGCAAGCGACAUACCACAAACGGGAUAGCAUACCAAAAGAUCAAAUUCCAAUGUGCAUCAGGCAAAAACUGAAGUCCUGGGCCGACGUCACCGAUGGCAGCAUCGGCGAUGGGAUACCCUUUGACUCUGGCUCUGAAAGCAUCCAGAGUUAUGUUGACCCUGAUUCUCAACCACGAGGUGUUGAAGAGCUUGAUUUAAUGGAUCAGGGGCAUCCCCCAGACGAGAAGACGGGGAUGAUGAUCACUGCCCACGAUGACUAUCCACAAAGAUCUGACGACGAUAACGAGAAUACCCCGGUGCCUCGAUCAAGGUUCACAGAGCUUAAAGUCGUCGGUGAUGUCGACGAUCAUUCUCGCAGUCAACAAAAGGCGAAAGUCGUGGAGUCUGCGUCUGUAAAGCGUUCAGCUGAGUCUGAUGCCUCUGGCUCCCGGACGCCAAAGAGGCGGAAACUGGCCAGUCCUGCUCUCUCGGACGAAAUACCACGUAUAAACAAGGGCAAGGGGAAAGCCAAAGAGAUCUCGCGGCUACCUUCCCCGUCCUUUUUUUCUCCAUCUCGUGCUCUUUCUGACGACGGUGACUUUGACAUCCCCCGGGGCUCUGAUGACUAUGACCUUUGGGAGAGGAAUGUGGCUUUGGAAGAGGUAGAAGAAAUACGCGCACAGUUCCAACAAGGCUCUUCAGCCGAUAUACACUGCAGCUAUCAAUCUGAAGACGAUGGUGGAAGUGCGGUAGAUUCUGAAGAUAUCCUGGGACCUUCAUUAAAUCGAUAUGACACGCGCUCCAAGGCUCGGGAGCGUUCUCAGACGGCGCCUGAGCUGUCCAACCCAACGCAACCUGCUCCCAACUCCCUUCGGCGAAACAAUACCACUCCUGCCGAAGAGACCAUUCGCAAACCUUCGAAAAUUAGGGACCAAGUUGGCGUGUUGCAGAAGGCAUAUGCUGUUGUUGCGCACGCUGGCCCUUCACAAAUCAACGUAGACGACAUCAUAGAGGCGAAGAGAGUUCUUAAUGACUUGCAUGAAGCAUUAGACGAACAACUCAAUCUGGUGCUUGCCUCUGGUGAUGGUCGUAAUGUAUAA